AUGCUGAACCUCAUGGCUCCAGCUUCACCAGCCCCAAGCAACAGGCAAUGGGGAUUCUUGCUCUCCGAUUUCACAGCCCGUAACACUCAAUCCAUACCUGCAACCCAGACAACGCAACCACCCCAGACCAGACCCCUCGCCAAUCCCCAACCCAUCACAUCGGAACUCCCCGUCCCAUCAUUCCGCAACGUUUCAGCCUGCAACCGCUGCCGCCUCCGCAAACACCGCUGUGACCAGCGGCUCCCACGCUGCCAAUCCUGCGCAAAGGCCCACGUCCGGUGCGUGGGCUACGACCCGCUCACUAAGCGCGAAGUCCCCCGCAGCUACGUGUAUCUCCUCGAAAACCGUAUUAGGUAUCUGAAACAGCUCCUAACGGAGCACAAUAUCAGCUUCAAGCCUGCACGGGCCUUUGACGAGGAAGCUCUCCAGGCUGAGGCUGAGUCACAACCAGCUCCAUCACGACAAUGCGAUCCUAGUGGUUCUCAUGCGAGGAAUGCCGCCGCCGCCGCUGCCGCUUCACUUGAGAGGACAGAGCAUGUGCCAUCGCCGAAACAGCGGACUGCGCCGAAAAGGAAGCGUGACCAGUUCGCCGAGGACAAGCUGUCGCAGUUAAACACCAUCCUGAACGAACUAUUCACCGAGCAUUGCCAGCGUCAGAGUCGCUCUGGUAUUCCUACCCACAACCAGCCUUAUCCUGGUUCUGCUAUUCCCAGGACUCGAGCACAGCGCAUACGGGUCCAACGGAAGCCCUCGUGGUCUAUGCCGCGGUGCCACUCGCCGGAAUCUGUUGUCAGCCAUUCAAGCAGCGAGUCACUUGAUCCACUGCUGCAAUAUGAGGGUUCCAGCUCUGCGCACAGUUUGACGGGAAAUGAUAGUGCUUCCGAGGGGUAUCAGGGACUUGACAUUGAGAAUAUGGGCAGCCCUUUUGCUAUGGAUGUAAAUGGGUUGGGCCUUGAUCUGGAUGCACUCGGUACCAAGCCGCUCAUCGCGGAUGGCAGUCUGAGAAACAUGGCAAUAUCCAAUACUUCUCUGCCAGCGCGAACGCAGCCUGGAAUGAGGGCGAAAUCCAACACUGCUGACCCUCACGAAGAAACCGAGAGGGCCAACUACGACUUGUUGGAUGAGUUCCUUGUUGGUUGGGCGGAUGGGGAAUCUCUAGGGGAUUAA